GAGCGGCGGACGGCACCGACCCACCGCCGUCCCAGGUAGAGCGAAUACUGCCCCAUCUGGCGCCCGACCACCCAACUAACGCAGCCUCCGGAGGGACCGACAGAAAGCUCCCACCGCUCGACAUAACCCUGGGCGGCCUUUCAACCCAAACAAACCCCCAAAAAACCCAUUUCCCCGAGUUUGUGGAGGUCGAGCAUUGCCGACAGGAGGUGGAGAGAGGUUACGAAGUGUUCUCCCGGGGCGGCAACACUCGGGGAUCAAAAUUGUGCAUCGGAAGGCAUGCGUCGGAGGGCGGGGGUGUGAAGGCGGGAGGGAUUCCAUCGGGGCCAAUCAGCGGACGGCCGUAGGAAUAAUGUCUUCAGUGGUCCCGGAGUUGUUUUUGUGGGAGCAGUCAGUGAAUAGCUCGUGUGGCGGCAGGAUGGAGUGUGACUCUCUCUACGAGCUGGGACCCCCGCCUGAUAUGAUUCUCAAGAUCCCGCCGCCCCCCAUCCCGCCCUUCAUGCAGGAUUUCGUGGCCAGACUCGCCGCCGAAGGGGUGGACGUGCGCCCCGACCCUGUCUCGUCCCCUGGCCUGGAGGAGCGCAAGUCGUGCAGCCUCUGCCACUGGGCCAACGGCAACGGCGUAGGAUACGUCGAACUGGCGCAGAAAGGCCCCCUCAUCGACGACACGUGGUUCCUGGUGAUCAUCUCGUCCUGUGUUGCCGCCACGCUCCUUGGCAUCAUCCUCGCCAUCGCCUUCCUCAAGUACAGAGAAGGAAAGCUGAAGCCGCUGAGUGACGUGGCGCUGGCCAAGAAGGAGAAGGCGCUGGGCCUGGAGCGGUGCGAGGCGGUACUGUACCCCGCGCCGGCCAUCACGCCCCUGCCCGUACCCCAAAUGGACGGCCGAGGGUCGCGGGCGCUGUGGGCGGGCAUCAAGCCGCUGGAGGGCAACCACUACACCGUUGACCACUGCCAGCCUGUGGAGCAAAAGCCCGUGCGCCUCGACCUGCUGCCCCACCACGACAACACUUACGACUACGCCGACUACAGCAGCGUCAACUACGUCAGCCCCGGCUACGCCACCCUCACCCCGCGCCUCGACCACAGCCCGCGCCCCGCCCCCGCCGCCAGCUUCGAGAACGUCGGCUACGUGGGCGGGGACGAGGCGGGUGAGGGUGGGCGUGUGGGUCCCGAUGGGUGCGUGGUGACUGCCCCGCGCGCCGCCCGCCUGCUGGGCUCGCCUCGCCUGGUGACGGGUGAUCCCGAUCAGCACCACUACGAGAUGGUGACGCCCUCGCCGCGCCGCCACAAGUCCCUGGAGAGGGGCGGCGGCCGCCACCCGCCAGUCAUCAGUGGCCCCACCAGUCUGGGCGCCGCCCGCCUGCCGCCCCUCAACGGCCGCCCGUCCCCGCGCUACAACCUCACCGCCCUGGCCACCGGCGCCCACACCCUCACGCCCAAAGUGGAGAACUGUUCGCGAGCGGAGCGGCGCCACGCCCAUGUCUCGCUGGACCGUGCAGGAAGCACCAGCACCUCCCUCGCCCCGGCCUCGCCCACCGACCACAUCUACGCCUCGCCCAUCACCUCCCCCGUCAUCUAGGGCGGCGGGGCACCCCCCCCACAACACUGCUAGUCCAGCGGGGCGCGCCGGCCCCGGCGGUGGGCGCCGCCCUCCGCCCGGAGGUGGCACUGCCUCACAACACACUGAGUCCAUAAUACCAAAGUCUAGGUUUAAGGACACUAUAAUUCUCGAGUCUUAAUUAUAAGGUAGUGGCAGUGUGGCGAUGUGGCGAGGCCGCCCCGGCGGAGGCCACAGAGUUUAUUAGUGAUCUCAUUAGUCGCCAGCGUCCAGCCCUGCGUGGCUGGCGGCGAGUCUAUAGUCAUUAAGUACUAUUACGUGGGACCUCCCGUGGGUCAUUGUUGUUGUCAUCUUCACCUCUGUCCUCGCGCUGCUUCAUGAAGACGGGAAACCGUCUGCUGCUCCAUUGAUCUUCACCACUUCUGCCGUGCCAUAAUAGCUUCACACACACACACACACACACACACACACACACACACACACACACACACACGGGCAGCGGGGCGCCUGCUCCUCGCCCUUCCGAUCCAAGUUCUCACUCGCAUCAUUCCAUGUAUAACAAUAUAUUUAUUGCCACGUAUAUAUGUAACAGAGCUUUACGUGUGUGUAUAUAAGAUGUAUGUGUGUAUUCAUCUUUUCUUUACAAAUAUUUGUGCAAUUUUAUCUUUAAAUAGAUGUCUCGGAAAUCA